UUUUCCACGUGAUGACAAGAAUUUAAAAUAAUUUCAUCUUUCAGUUGAUUUAUAAGUUAGAUUCUAAGAAAAAAAAAAAAAAGCUAAUUCAUCAUAGUUACCCUGCGAAAUUUAGAAUAUUCUUAAUGAACAUUACAGUUGGCAUUAAAUAAUUUCAGUACUUUGUGUGUGUUAAGGACUUAAUCACGUGUUUUUUUUAAUGCGAUUUGUAACAUUAUGAAGUUAAGACAACUAAAUAAAGAAUUAUUUUGCGUUUAAUAGAUAUAGAUUAUGUAAUAGAUAAGGAAUUGCUACGUAAUGUGAAUUCUAAAUAAACAAGAAAUAUUAUCAACUUUCAUAAUUAUGACCUUAUAAAGUAUUGGCUUGUUAUGCUACUCUUUAUGUUUAGAAUAUAUAUGAAGAAUGAAACUUGAAAUUUUUUAUUGGAUUAUUUGGUCAGGAAGUUGCUGUUAUUCUCUUUAUUGUUUCAGUAAAGAAUCAUCAAGAGCUCUUCCUUCUUUAUAUUCUGGAGAUUUUCAAAAAGGAUGGAAAAUUUUAAACAGAAAGCAGGAUAUUUCAGAUAGUGAAUGGAUGUUUUUCAAAAAUGCCAUUAAUUUAACUUGGAUAUGGAUUGUUGGACAAAUUAUCACCACUCAAAUAUUUUUAAGAAAAAAUUGUGAGUAUCUGUCAUUGUUCUACAGUGUAUAUUCAGUUGCAUUUUUCAUCAAUUUUAUUGGGAUUAUUCCCACAUUAUUUUACUUGAGUUGUAUAUGUUUUACAUAUAUGAUUUGUAAAACUUCAAAUCAAAUCUUAUGCCUCACUAUUGCUGUUUGUGCUCUGUAUGCAACAAGCUAUUCACAUUAUGGAUACAUAAAGAAAAUUUUUAUUGAAGAUGAAACUAAAAGUUUUCUUUUUGAUAUUGGUUUGGGAUGGUUAAUGGCAAGAUGUGUCAGUUUUUCUGUAGACAAAAUCAAUGGAAAAGUUUUGAAAUUUUCUUUUGAAGAAAUAGUUGGAAUAAUUGCUUAUUGUUUAUAUUUGCCUGUGUUUUUUACUGGACCACUUAUAAAUUACAACUGUUUUAGGAAACAGGUAAGAAGUAGCAUUAUUAAUAAUUAAUCACAUUCUUAAAUUCUUGCUGUGUUUUAGUAAGAGGAAUGCUACUAUGGCUGCAAUAUCAUGUUACUCAAAAUUAAAAUAGGAUUGAUGUAUUUUUUUAAGUUUCAAAACACAAUAUUCAUAAAUGAAGUGAGAUUUGACCCUAUAAUUUGAUAAAUUACAUUGUUAAUUUCAGAGUUUAUUAAAACAUUACAGUUUGUUAAUGUGUUUGAUGUUUGUAGUCAGUUUGA